AUGUCAUCGAAGGGUGAAUGUCCAGUAGAUCACUCCGCCAGGGAGGAAUGGAUGAAGAAUAUGGCUCAUGAAAAUCCCCAUACCGCCCAAGGUGAACCCCAACGCUGUCCGCCACAUGAAUCGAAGAUUUCUAAAACUACAGGUGCAUCUGCUGCUCAACCAGCAGAGGCAUGUCCAGUAAGUCCUGAAGCGCGAAAUGUCUGGCUUCAGAAUUCAGGCUCAGCCGGCAAAAAAUCUGAAGCUGUUGAAUGUUCCUCGAGUGAAAUACCUGUUGUCCCCGUAUAUGCCACCGACAUUGAGCUUCCUGUGGAACGUGAAGUUUCCAGCAUCCCAAGAACGGGAACCAACCAAAACUGGGUUUACCCAUCUCAGAAGCAGUUUUUCGAAGCCAUGCUGCGCAAAGAUUGGGACCCCGCCGCAGAGGACAUGAAAAGUGUGAUACCGAUCCACAAUUCGGUCAACGAGCGUGUAUGGAAUUAUAUCAAAUUAUGGGAGAAAAAUCAAGGCAGCGAAACCUGUGGUGGCCUGCAGCUUACCAGCUUCAAAGGUGACUCGAAGAAACUAACUCCAAGAGCAUGGUUCAGAAGUUUUAUCAUGGGUCAGACCAAACCUUUCGACCGCCAUGAUUGGGCCGUUAAUCGUUGCGGUAAACAAGUGGACUACGUCAUUGAUUUCUAUGGCGGUGAAACUCCCAACAACGGGCCCUCGAUCUUUUUGGACGUCAGACCAAAGCUCAACAGCUAUGAAGGUUUCAGGUUACGAGGUAGAAAGUUUCUAGGUCUUGAUUGA